CAUGCGCGUGCGUCAACAGCUGAUAUCUGCAAAGCGCGACCGGCGCGGCUGACCAACGAAAUUAAGUGACUAAAUUGACAGAUUUGUUGAGCGGACAAUGUCCAGACUUAAUGGAUAUUCAUACUGAAGUACUUUUGAAUUUACCUCGGUGAUAUUGAUUUCAGCAAUCACUUCAUUACUGUUUCAUCUAGCCACGAGCUCUACCUCAGCUCCGCCACAUUGAACAGACGUACAGCCGACAGGAAAGCGUUUAUACGUGUGGCCAUUAAUAACGGUAAAUGGCGUGUGCUCAUGGGGGAAUCUCCCGCACCAGCAUCCUGACCAUUGGCCCCUGCUGCUAGAUACAGUGCUAGCUUAGUCGAAAAGACUGAAGAUGCCAUUAUGCAUUACGCCAAAGCAAUGGCAUAGGAUAGACAUUUACACAUUUAUGGAACGAAUUGAUCAUUGGUAAUAUAAGCAGCGUCAGUUACUUGUUAGGUCCUUCUACUAAAGUUUCUUUGAGUUGAGUUGAGUUUGGGACAACCUUCUACCCUGGCUUCUGUGUGACUCAUGGAUCAUAAUGGACCGUGCCAGAGUGCGAACCAGUCAUUUUGUCAUGGGACACGCCUCAAAGUAAAGUAAGUUCUUUCCAUAUCAUUCGGGCUUGUCAACAGUCAGGAGGAUCAUUCGACCGAAAAUAUUCUCAACUUUUUUUCUGCAAAUACAGUAUUAAGUAUUUAUGAAUGAUGAAGAGUAUUGAUCAAUGUGACUAUCGGAUCAAUCUUCAAGCGAUAUCAAGGAGAGAAACUUUAAUUCAGACGAGAAAUGGCUCACACUUGUCGAAAUGCAGUGAAUGUGUGAAUGUUGGUGCCUCCAAAAUUGUGAAGUUUGUAUUAUGGCAGUAUCCUCAAAUGAUUUAUUUGGACCGUCAUCUGUAGGUGUUGUGUGUGACCUGUGUACUUUCAGGAUGCAGUCGUAUGCCGACUUAUUUCUUUUAACGAGAGACAUUCGGCCUGUCAAUACGGAAGGUGUCUCAUUGAUUGGAGAGUCCUAUUCGAAGUGCAGAGAUACUUUGAUAGCCAGGACGAAGGGCCUGGCUAUAGCAGCAAGGGAAGUGAGGGCACAGCUUGUGAUGGGACGCCUCAAGGAAGCUGCCAAUGCAAUGAAGCAGCUGACGGAUCUUGUUGUUCACAUCACCGAAUGUUCCAGUCAUGCUGCGUACCUUGCUGCAAUCAACGAUCCAGGAUCAAGACAGGCAGUCCCGGGAAUCAUUGAUCGCUACAAGAUCUCCUUCGCAAAGCUCAAUAUAGAACAUUCUUGCAUGACUCUUCAACACACACCGCUUGUUGAACUCUCCCCCUCUGAUAUCGUGGACCUCUCAGCUAACAUUGUCAGGGACCUUGGGGUGUUGACCAGUGCUAGCUUACUUGCCAGUGAAGCCAGUGAUGAAGUCUUUCACAAAGAGCAGUUUAAGCUGUCCAUGAAGAGUGUGACGGCAUGUACGAGCUCACUGCUGGCAAGCAUCAAGCGCUACAAAGUGACUCUCGAUGAGCGAAGCCGAACACGCUGCAUCACCUUCUGCAAACCUCUUGUGCAAUCUUGUCAGGCAUUUGUUGAUUAUGCCAGUGAACCCGAACACUUAGGAAACCAAGCAGACAUCUCAGAGAAUGGAAAGCAGGUACAGACGGCAAUAUUAGGUGGAGGUAUGAGUGUUGCCAGUUCAUGCAUACAGUUGUGUCACUUUACACGAGCUGCAGCCUUUGAUUAUAAUAAUCCAGAUUUGAUUCAGAGACUGACUGUCUGUUGUACUGCAGUUAUGGAUGGUGCCACCCUACUUGCUCAAGCCCUCCGAGACAGGUCAUCCCCACGAACAAUACCCCCAUCCGCUUCUUGCCCUCAUUUGAAUCAUGCCGAGUAGGCUUAAAUGUUUCAUCAUGGGUGAUAGAUAAUGCCAUCCAAGACAUUGAAAUUAUAAAUUAGCUUAAUGACUUGCCAUGAAUGUGCUAAUCUGUAGAAACAAAAAGAGCUUAACUUAUUACUAUGCAAAAUCAAAAAGUUUGUGAAAUCCACCAUUGAUCAAAAUCUUUUUUUUUGUGCUUCUAAAUGUACAUUGAGUACACUUCCAAUACUUCCAGUAGAAGGAGUGAAUAUGUCCUUUAAAGAUAUAUUUAUUUGUUCAGUAAAUACACUUUUAUUAGGAAAAUCAAUGGUGUUACUGAAGGAAAUGUUAAUCAUUGCGUUAGGUGGAACAGUAUUAUUAUAAUGAUUUUUAUUCAAAUUAUACAUGACACAAAGGCAAUAUUGUGUUUGCUUGUAAGACAUUAUUUACAUAGUCCUCAAUGUAUUACUUGCAGACCUCAACAAAAGGAAUUCUAUUUUAUGGAUUGUCGUGAGUUAUUUUGUUGAUGGUAAAUUCACUGAUUUAAAAGUUGUGUACAUGGAGCUUAAGAGGGCUUCUUCCAUGAUCAAUGUGCUUUCCAGACAUAGCAACACUGCCUAAACAAGUAAACAUACAAAUCUUUGUGUACAAGUAGACACAUUCAUGUACAAAAUUGUUAUACAGACUUUGAAAUAGUCAAUUAGAUGGAAACUAAGUAAAUGUACAGUGUAGAUGUACUUUCUUACAGCCUACUUACUGUUACUGUUUGUUGGAGUAAAUCCUAAGACUAUAUAUAAAUUUGAAUGCAUUAACUGCUGUUUGUGUUCGUGUGCAUGUACCGGUAUAGCCUUGUAAUGAAGAUUUGUUUUUAGAGAUCUAAUCACCUCAAAAUUGUUUUGAAUAUCAUUUAAAGAAAUGAAAAUCACCCCCUUAUUACAAGAUAUUCAAAUUGUAUAUGCCUGUACAGUAUGUACAUGUACAGGUACAUCAGCAAUUUAUGAGUAAUAUAAUUUCCUGCGCGUUAAAAGCUCAACCAUUUUAAAGAAUGUUACUAACCAAAGUGAUCAGAGAAUCAGGCAUACAUCAGUGUUCUCACUUGUACAAUAUGUGUGUAACUUUAAACAAAAUUAGCUAUCAAAGAUCUUGAAAGACUGCUUUUCAGCCCCAGGAAGAUACUAUACUUGUCUUGAUGAAAAUUUACUUUCCAUAUAUUUAAAAUUUUUACAAAGAAAGAAUGAUGCCUAUAAAAUUAUUUGUGCAUAUAAAAUCCCACCAAUCAUACUUGAUUUGAUACAAAGUAAACGUUUCUAAUGUUAAAAUACUUGGACUUUUGCAUGUUUGAAAUGUUCAUGAUUUUUACAAGUGGUUCAGAUUUGUGAAAGUUUAAUGCUUUGAAAUCACAUUUGAUACAGCACUCUAAUUUUUUCAAUCCACAACAGUUUCUUGCCAAGAAAAUGGCCAUCCUGAACAUUUCAUGUCGCAAAAAUGUAUGGUGUGACUGUGUACCGUAUCACAUUGGCAUGUUCUGUAACAUUUAAUUUGCCUACAUGUACAUGUACGUGUACAAUGUACAUGUAUGACAAGACGAUAAUAUAGGCAAGAUACAGUGUACACAUGGACAGUACUUGCAAUGUUUCUUCUCUCAUGUGAAGCAGUAAACUUGUUUUUUUUUGUAAUUAAUGAAUGAAACAAUCUUACUUUUCCCUUAAUUUUUGAGUGCAAGAUACAUUUGUACACAGUGUACCUGUUGGAAUCAGUACUAUAUUCUUGCCCUCUUUGCCUUUCAUGCUUUUACAUGGCUUGACAGGCAGGAUCAUUCUAAGUUAGGCUCAUCAACUUUACAACUCAGAUUAGAGCUUUAUUAUGAUCCCUUACUAGGAAAUUGAUCGAAAGCCGUACCUUCUCAAACCUAUUUUCAUUCGUGACAUGAAAAUGGGUUUUCUUUGCAAAUUUUACAGCAACUUAUCUGAUACUUUUCAAACUCAGACUAUUUGGUCCUAAAAUAUAUAACGCUUAUGAGGAAGAAAACUAUAUUCUGAAUAGUAUCCUGAAAUGUGGGCAAUGGAUGUACAAAUGUAAAAAAUAUUCAAUUUUAAGUUUACAUUUAUUGUUUACUGGAUAAACCAUUUGCAGAUUUUUCAAUGUGUUAUUAUAUUGAUUAUAAAUUUAGGGAUAUCAAUUUAGUUUCGAGCUACUGAUCGAAAUUAUUGUGUGCUUUUAUUGUGUGAACAUAAUAAUUUUUGAUAUCUUAUUUUUUUAUGGUGGGUUAUAUUCUCCUUUCCAUAACAGGUUACUUGUUCUAGAGAGACAAAACUGCAUACUUACAUGUAUGUCUUUGAUUAAUUGUGGUGUGCCAUACAACACGUUAACACAAUUUCUAUUUUCUUUAGAAACUAAGUAUACAUGCUAGUUGCAUGCAACCAAUGUAAUUAUAAUCUAAAUGUACAAAUGGGCCUGAUCUUCUCAAAUACGGCAUGAGGCAAAAAUUUCUGAUUUUCAUCACAUUUUUGUUUGAACUGUCUGUGAUACUUUAUGUCCAUCAAAAAUUAUAUCACAGUAUGCAAAAUUAAUGUCAUUAUGCAUUAUUUAUCCUGUUUCCAUAUUGGCUUGCAUUAGAUCUAGCCAAAAUGUGUACAGGCCUACAGUAUGUAGAAUUAGAAUCAAUAUUUUAUCUCAUAAAUUAUGAUAUACUGGUACAUAAGGAUUAAGUUUGUUUAAUUUGUUGAUUUGUAAGUUGACUCGGACAGUAAUUUUGAAGAGCUUUCAGUGUAAACAAAGAUGAGAAAAAAUAUACAAUGUACAGUUGACUUGAAACUUGGAAGCUGCUUUUAUUAUACACAGGUGAUUUAACUUAAAAGUGCUGUGCAAUUCUUUUGUUUAAGUUUUACAUUAUUUGUGUACAUGUGUAUACUAUGUGUAGAUUGGACAAUAUAUUUACCUUCAGGACUCAUCGUCAUAAAGCAAUGAUUGAGAAUUCUAAGGAGCAUAUCAAUCUUUCAUGGAUUUGUACACAUUUUGCUUUCAGGAAAAUCUUGAAGGUUAGAUAUGAUUUUCAUUUCCUGAUGAACAUUAAUAAUGAUGUUGACCCGAGUUAAAUAUAUGUACUGGGUAUUCUGUACUCUUGUAUGUAUGGUGGCUACACUGUAAAUGAUAUGUUUGAAAUUGUAGAGGUGAAAUUAAAGCCCAUGCAUAUUUUACGUCAAGUUAUUGGAUGAUUUCUUUGGAUGUAAAUUUAUGAGGUUGCUUAGUUAUUAAAAAAAAAAAUGAAAGUUUUGAAGUGUAUUUCUGACGGAGACAUACUGUUGAGAAAUGUGCAUACUCUAAGCACAUUCAUAUUAUCAACAGUCAGUAUUUUAUUCAGAAUAUGGAAGAGUUAUGAACUGAAUGAUUCCUUGGCUUGCACUGAAUGUACAAUAUCAAUACCCAGUACCAUACAUUAUUUGACAUUUCUACAGUGUACUCAAUGUCCAUAGUCCCAGAUAUUCAUUUGUACAAAUUUGUAUCAGUGAUAUGUAUAGAUUUCUUAAUAGUCCACUAGCCUCAUACUAUAAUAAUCAUAAUUUAACUGCCAUAUGAUAAUAUUUAUAUAUGAAUGGUUAAUGUAUAACUGUAUUAUUAUUGGCCAAUGAGUUUACAGUGUAAUUGCUGUUUCUGAAUACAUAACAAACUCUUUACCCCCUUAAGAUUCAGAACCUGCCUGUUUUUACCAAAUACCCCUUUCUUUUUUCUAGUACUGUACCUACAAAAGCAUGAUGAUGUACAAGAUUGAUAGAUUAAGAGUAUGUUGCCUGAAAUAUUGUCAUGCACAGUUCAUUCCCAAGCUUACAUACGCUUUUAAUAGACAAAUGUACAGAAGAUUAUUGAUUAUUUGUUGUUGCAUUCAAGUUUCUUCUGAUUAUUUCAUCGUUAUUGAAAUAUUUAAUGCUUCCGGUUCAUUGAUACACACAAAAAAUGGGAUUGCUUCCGGAUACCAUAUCAGCAUUGCAUACUGUAUAAAGAGAGAUAAGUUAUAUGUUCUUAGAUAUUGAUGACUUACUGUACUUGGUUUGAUGAUACAAGAGAGACAGCAAUAAAGCUUUGUCUUGGUAAAAUCA